CUGUUAAUACUGUUGUCAAAAGUCAAGUCGGUUGAUGUUGAUUUGAUGAGUGGAAUUCAACUUUCUUCUUGUAGAGAAUAUGUAAUUAUUCGUCUGACGAUAAUGUAAUAAAUUUACACAACAAAAUAUUUGGUGUUAGUCGCUACCCCUUUAUUGUUUUAUAAUGGGCGACAGUAGUGAUUCCGAGGAGUUCUAUGAUGCAGAGUUCACACCCAUUGAAAGUUCAGACAUCAAAGAUAGUAAUAAAGACAUACAUACAACCGAAAAGACAAAAUCCCCCUUAGGGAAGGUCAGUGACCCGCCUGGAGGAAACACCGUUCCGACCACAACAGUAGGACCUGCGAAAAGUGAGACUGUUGAAGAUGAUAGGACCACUGUCAAAAAUGUAGUGCAAGGCCGCCGGAGAUUUCAGGAGCUGCGGCGGUGCAUGCAGACGGAGGAGGAGGACGAGGCGGAGGGGGGGCCGGACGCCGCGGGAUCCGUGGACCACCAGACGUUUGCUUCGGAACACCCUUUCAAGAUAAUAGCUCAUGACACCAUGAGCCUUCAGAGUAUGACGUCGCUCGGCCGCAUCGGCCGGAUACUGAGCGGGGCGGCCGAAUCUCAUCCAAACCUACGAGACGCCGCCGCCGCCCCCCCUGUCUCCAGAGAGCCGUCCACCACAUCAGACGACCCUGUAACCACAGACAGAAGUCAAAAUGUGCUAGCCAUGGCGGAGCCCGACGUGAUAGCGAGCACCAAGGCCAACAGCCUGAAGCAGGCGCGGGCCAGCGCCGUGGUGGCCGUGAGCGGGCCGCGCCCGCCCGUGGCGCCGCCCCGGAGGAAGAAGAGGAACAAACUCCACGGUUCUCAAUCUUUAUCUGUGGCGGACGGCGCUGAUGACAACCUCAGCAUAUGUACGACAGACACCGACGAGUUACAAUAUAUGGCGCGCAAGAGUGAGAAACUGAACUCACUAGUUCUGGAGAACACGUCGACUCCGCAUCAGACAAUGGCGCUUCCCAGUCCGGCUAGUACCAUAGAGUCACUGACCAGAGAGUUCCAGGACUCAUUGGAACUGUCACACUCUAAAUACGGCAGCGACCGAUCAUUCGCCACUCCGCGCGAGAGUUCCCUACCGCGCAACAUGUUGAGCGAGCACGCCAAUUUGCUGGGCGAGCUCGCCAACUUGUCGGGCAACUUGUCGGGCGAGCAGCGCGGCGCUGCGCCCGCGCAUCACGCCACGAGCACGGCUUUGCAUUUGGCGCAUCAUUUGCAGGAUGUCAGUGAUGCUGUUAGGGCCAGUGAAAUGUGGCUGGGGUCCGCUCCGUCAGCUGAGGAGCGUCGCGGGGCAGUUCGCACCCACAGCGAGGGCAGGGCUUCGCAUUCCUCGCUGGGUAACGCUCACAGCAGACGAGCCACUUGCGAGCACAACGCGAGCGGCUCCCGCCGAAGGUCUGCCGGGGACGAGCAGCAGCUGGCGCUCGGGCUGCGGACCAGGACCACGUCGGGGCACCAGCUCACCGACAUCGAGAUCCUGGAGCAGGUCACCGUGCUCAACCUGGACACAGGAGAGCGGGUCCCACUAAGCGUGGCGGAACACAAACUCCCGCAAUGCAUAAAUCCGCUAAGUCUUCACAUCAUGAGGUUAACAUCGGAAUAUAUCGGGAGGCCGAACGAUGACGACAAUGCGAGUGGCGCAGUGAAAACCACGCGCACAUAUACGAGUCUAUGGCGCAAACAUUUGUCUGUCAGUUUGUACGCGUCCACAUUCAACCUAACCAGAACGACCAUACGGCGAACUGACUCCGACUACAGUAUAACAACUAGAGAAACUGACGAGGAAAGUGAGAGUGUGUGCGCGGGCGGCGCCGAAGAUGACACGAAAGACACCAAGCGGGAGUCAGCCGAUAGACAGAACACGAUCCGGAGGAAAACUGAAAAGUUGAAACGUUUCUUCGGUAGCACGGUUAAACGGACCGUAGACGCGGCAAAAUCCUUAGCGGCCGAAGUAUCAUCAGCCAGGCACAAAGAAGAUGUGUCGGAUAUAGCGGACGAUGUCAGAGGCGAACACAAUAUAAAGUUGAAAGCGUCAAAUUCACAUAAAGGACCUUACGACUUCGACGGAUGCGUUAGACAUGUUCAGGAAAUGGGCGAUGGUCACGCGGGCGCCGUGUGGUGUUGCAAGUUCAGUGUGUGCGGCCGAUUGCUGGCGACCGCUGGACAAGAUAAACUGCUUAGAGUGUGGGUCACCAGGGAUGCACAUCAUAUGUUCCAGGACAUGAGAACAAAAUACAACGCCGAACAGAAGUCGUCCCCCACUCCGUCGCAGGAGUCGCUGUCGUCGCUGGGCGCGGCGGGGGGCGGCGUGGGGGGCGUGGGGGGCGCGGGGGGCGCGGGGGAGCCCCCCACACCCGCCGCCGCGCCCUUCAGCCCGCGCCCCUUCUGCGUGUACGCGGGGCACACCUCCGACCUGCUGGACGUCUCCUGGUCCAAGAAUUACUUUAUAUUGUCCUCCUCAAUGGAUAAAACUGUCAGGCUGUGGCACAUUUGCCGUGGCGAGUGUCUGUGCUGCUUCCAGCACAUAGACUUCGUGACUGCGAUCGUGUUCCACCCGAGGGACGACAGGUACUUCCUGUCCGGAAGCCUGGACGGCAAGCUGAGGCUCUGGGACAUUCCUGAUAAGAAGGUGGCCGUAUGGAACGAAGUUGACGGCAAAACGAAACUGAUAACCGCGGCCAACUUCUGCCAGAACGGCAAGUUCGCCGUAGUCGGCACUUACGACGGCCGCUGCAUCUUCUACACGACAGACCAGCUGAAGUACCACACGCAGAUCGAUGUGAGGUCGACUAGAGGGAAGAAUUCUACAGGGCGUAAAAUAAGCGGUAUCGAGCCUAUGCCGAACGACGACAAAAUACUAAUAACCUCAAACGACAGUCGAAUCAGACUAUACGACCUACGAGACCUGAACUUAUCGUGUAAAUACAAGGGCUACGUCAACGUCUCCAGCCAGAUCAAAGCGUCAUUCUCGCACGACGGAAAAUAUAUAGUCAGCGGUUCAGAAAACCAAUGCAUUUAUAUAUGGAAGACAUAUCAUGACUAUUCUAAAUUCACAUCGGUCAGAAGAGACAGGAAUGAUUUCUGGGAGGGUAUAAAAGCGCACAAUGCGGUCGUGACGUGUGCCGUUUUCGCGCCAAACCCCGAUCACAUGAUAAGGAUGAUAGCUGAGAGGGAAGAGGAGGCGAGAUUGGCCAGUAACGGUGAUAAGGAGGUUGAUGAAGUGAAGAACGCAGAAGGCGGCAUGGUGUCUUCCUCGCAGACUGGCCACGUCUUAGUCAGUGCAGACUUCAACGGUUGCAUCAAGGUUUUCGUGCACAAAGCCAAGCCCAAACAUAGUUCCCUGCCGGCCUCCGCCCUCGCUUAGUAACGUUUUACCACAGAAUUAAUUUGAAAACCUAGUUUUUUCGGGGACUAUUACAGUUGUAAUAUCUUGUGCCGGUAUCAAUGUACCGGAGCAGAUUACGAAAAAGCAGUAUUUUGGUACCGGUAGCGCCGUAUGAUACUGAUAUCAGAGUAUUUGCGUACAUAGUAAUGUUAUACCGUAUAUUUGUAAAAGCUAGUAUUUUCGGAGACUGUUUAAACUGCUGUUAUGAUAUCUAGUACCAGCAUCAAUAUACCUGUUUUAAAUAGCAGGUUUUUGAGUUACAGUACUAGUACAGUCAACAGCAUAUCAACCUACCCAAUCCUACUACUAUUAUAAAGGCGAAAGUUUGUAUGGUAUAUGGAUGUUUGUUACUCUUUCACGCAAAAACUACUGAACCGAUUACCAUGAAAUUUGGUAUGUAGGUAGCUGAAGACCCAGAAUAACACAUAGGCUACUUUUUAUCCCAGAGUUCCCGCGGGAUUGAUAGGGUUUCCAUGCGGACGAAGUCGCGGGCGGCCUCUAGUUCACUAUAAAUUCGAAUGUAUUACCGCGUCAUUGAGUUCCACGCAGGGUACUUUAUAUGCAGUUGACUAUAGCACGUAGAUGGACGCAUCUCUGAUAUUAUAUUAGACUUUAAUGGCUCCAAAUACCUACCACCGCUCUCGCAAGUGCAAUAUUUACUUGGUAUAAAUCUGAUACUAUGGAUACAAAAAAUAAGCAUGGCUUGCAAUACUAGUAUUUUGAAAUACUGAUAUUUUUGAGAAGCGUUUGAUUUGACCAUGGUCUGAAAACAAUAUCUCACGAUUCCGGGUACAUUGUAUCCAUUACUAGUGCAUGUGAUUCUAACUUUUGAGAAUUGAGUAUGAAAACAUAAUACCUCUCAUUGGUUCAAUAAAAUUGAUUAAAUGUAAAUUUAUCUUUUAUCAUAGUUGAUAUAUAGGUAUAUCAACAUUAUGUAUUCAAUCUUUUUUCUAUUAAUUUCUAAAUUUCUUCUGAUUUAUACGUAGGAUAGUGUAAUUAGAGUAACUAAGACCAAACGAUAUUUUUUCUAUUCUUUUCAAUAUAACAGUAUUUAACCCGUCCCCUAUUACUUUUCUCUUUUUUUUCUUUAAAAUUAAUAUUAAAAAUUAAGUUCUUGCCUUAUAUUAAAACCAUGUGAUCAUAUCGUGUUAGGUGUACAUUGAUUAUUUAGUGUGUAUAAAAUCGUGAUGCCAUCAUUUUUUAUCAAAUAAAAGAUUAUGUAUAUUUUUAA